GAAAGCAACGUUAGAUGGCGCAACGAUCAACUGCAGUUGAUCACAUGUUACUUCCGGCGCCAUUCUUCCGAAUUAUGCUCUUAUAUAUUAUUUGACUCGAUUAUUCAUUGAAUAAAAAGUAAAUAUUAUACCUUACAAUUUUAGUAUUAAAAGCACAAGAAAUAUUUGAGAUUUUUGUGAAUGCAGUGGUUGAUGUUGACCGUCUCCUUAAUACGAAGAAUUAAAAAUCCUAACCUAAAAUUUUAAAAUAACAAUAGGAAAGAAAAUGUGCACAUGUGUUAAUUGAAAAUUUAUACCAAAUAUCUCCAAUAUAAACAUCAACGCAUCAAAUCCUGAAAAAACUUCUAUCAAAUCUAAUCAAAAAUCAAAUAUGUUUCCAAGGAAAAGAAAACUAGGUUCAUAUGAUCCUGAAGAAGAAGCUAGAUUGGAACGGAUUAUUUUUGGAGAUGUAAGUGGUGUCAUAGAUAAAUUACCAGAAGAUCAUAUUGAAGAAGCAAAUAAAAGCACGACUGUAUAUUUGGAUGAAGUGAAUGAUGAGGAUAAUGAAGGUGAUGUAAAAUUUCAAAUAGAUAUAGUUUCUAAGAGUUCUGAUGAAAAUAGUGAUGAGGAUGAACAAACUGAGAAAAAGAAAAGAGUUUGGAUAGAUGAAGAUGAUGAAAAAUAUACUGUAGAAACUGCAUUUGAUAUUCAAAAUCGCAAGAUUUCAAGCCAAAGACCUGAGAAAUGUUAUAUGGAUUACUUGGAGAAAAAGUACAAACAUUUUGUAGGUAAUCCGAAGUGGGCAGAAAUUAAUAGAGUACCAGAUAAUUCUGAUGAUAUUGAUAAUGAAAUCCUGAAGCAUAGCUCUCACUUAGAAACACCACAAUUGAAAGACUUACCAAAAGGAAAGAUCGAUAUUAAAGCCAUGAAACCAAUAAAUCAAAAGACAUUUAGUGAAGGUCCUAAAGUAUCAAGUUUAGAAUUUCAUCCAACCUCUACAUUAGCUCUUGUUGCUGGUUCAUCUGGUAUUUUGUCUCUUUUUCAGAUUGAUGGUAUAGAAAAUAAUAAAUUGUACAGUACUCGAUACAAACAUUUUCCAAUUAGUAAAGCAAAAUUUCUUAAAGAAGGAACUGAAGUUAUAUUAGGAUCUCAAUUUUACUCAUAUUGCCAUUCUUAUGAUUUAAUUAGUGGAAAAACUCAUAAAAUACCAUUACCAAGUCAUAUUACUAACAUGAAGAAAUAUGAAGUAUCUCCUGAUGGUCGAUUGAUAGCACUGUGUGGAAGAUUAGGUGACAUUUAUUUGUUAACGAGUUCUACCAAAGAACUUAUUGGCACCCUAAAGAUGAAUACAAAAUGCAGAACAAUUUCAUUUAUUGAUAAUAAAAAACUCGUAACACACGGAGAUGGCCAUGAAAUGUAUAUUUGGGAUAUAAACAGUCGAACUUGUAUACAUCGUGCGGUAGAUGAUGGAUGCUUGUCUUGUUCAGUUACUGCAAUAUCUCCUAACAGUCAAUAUUUAGCUACUGGAAGUAGGGAAGGAAUUGUUAAUUUAUAUGAUUUAAACAAAUUACUUCAAGCAAAAUAUCCAGUUCCUCUUAAAAUAGUUAGCAAUUUUGUUACUUCUAUUUCUGCAUUGAAAUUCAAUCCAACAUCAGAAAUAUUAGCCAUGGCUUCUGAUAAAAAGGCAAAUGCUUUUAGAAUGUUACAUUUGCCGUCAUUUAAUGUAUUUUCUAAUUUUCCAACAUUUCAAACAACAAUUUCAAUGCCCUGUGAUAUUGAUUUUUCUCCUAGUAGUGGUUACUUAGGUAUAUCAAAUUUGUCAUACAAAGCAUUUUUAUACAGAUUGAAACAUUAUGGAAAUUAUUAAGUAUUUUUUUUUUUUUUUUUUUUUUUUUGUAAAAAUUGUCUAAGUAAUACAGUCGCGAUAUAAACUUAUAAUAUAUAAAUCUUAUAAAGAUACUCAGUUUGAUUUUUACAAACAUUCAAAUCUUAUCCUUUAUACUUUGUAU